CCAGCUGAGAUCUGAAGAUCUCCAAGCUCUUCUGUAAACACUCAUUAACUGCCUGGGAAGAACCCAGAGACCUGGUUAACAGCUGGGAGAGAACUGAGGCACAUUAGGGUGAAAGGCUUGACCUGAGCUCACCCCACCGGCUCCACCCUGGGGCCCUCCAAACCUGCCAUCCGGCUCCUCUCCCCAGUUCCUGCCAGACUGAGGCAAUGCUGCCACCCUCUCCCCCUUCUAGGAAGAGGCCGUGCCCUCUCCCUUCCAUGACUGUGUCCCUGACUUCCUCUGGCCCUUCACCCCAUGACGUUUCCCCUGCUUUGCUGCUGGAGGUGUGUGCAACUCCCCUUGCAAAAUGUUUACCAGGUCCUCUGCAGCCUUCCCUCCACAUUCCUUGGCCCACCUUGCCCCCCAACCCUGAGUUCUCCCUUUGAGAAAGUGGGCUAUCCUUAACUGGGUCUGUAACCUUGAAGUUGCGGGCUUCCCUGGUGGCUCAGCGGUAAAGAAUCCACCUGCCAAAAUGCAGGAUUUGAUCCCUGGGUCAGGAAGAUUCCCCGGAGAAGGAAACGGCAACCCUCUCCAGUGUUCUUGCCUAGAGAAGCCCAGGGGCAGAGGAGACUGGUGGGCUACAGUCCAUAGGGUCACAAAGAGUCGGACAUGACUGAGCGACUAAACAACAAACUUGAAGUUGAUCUAAUUAUGCUGAGGCCCUCUUGCCCCCUAUUUAUCCUAAACAGUACCUGGGAAAAUACUCUCCUUUAACAUAUUCAUUCUGAUAAAGCUUCAGGAUCCUAUUGAGGGCCGCAUAGGGAGCCCGAGUCGACCCCUAGGUUCUGCAUCCCCUUCCUUCACUGACAGUUGCCAUUUCUGCCAAAGGAUGUAACCCAAAGACUCCCAGCCCCACCGGCUUAUCCUCUCACCUGGCUACCUAUAUCUACACAGCCCAACACACUCCCGGACACACAGGCCUCAGUCUAAGGAUAUAAAAAUGCCAAUUUCCAAUUGCUACCUAAGUCAUACUGCUCUUUCCACUUGCUAGAAAUUAGUGUCUUCUUUCCCCUUGGUAUGACCUCCUCCUCCUAGGCAUUUAGGAAUAAUUUAGGGGAGACUGUGCUUUGUCUAGGAGGAGGAGGGUAGAAGUGAGUUCCUGUCCAAAGUAAACACCCCCCUUCCCCAGUCCCAGGCUAGUUGAGAGUGGUGAGAAAAGCCAUCUUAACCCCACCUUCAGUCCCAAAGCUCAAAUCCAUCCGUUCAGGCCAGGCAGAAGCAAUGUUUUCUUUAAUUCUGUCCCAUAAUAUCCUCAACUAAAAUCUCUCAUGUGCUGUGUAUUUGACACCGGGGACUGUGGCUGUCCCCAGCCCAUGACUCAGACCUCGUCUUUCACCAGUGAGUUCUUUCUGCCCCAUCGGUUCAGCUCUGCACCCGCUGACCCAGUCACGGCUGGUGGAAGAGGGCGGGGAGAGCCUACUGUUUGGAGAGUGGGCUUUAGGACCCAGCGGGAACCUGUGCCUCUUGCAGCAGCCUAACCCAGAAGCAGGGGGGAAUCCUGAAUCGAGCUGAGAGGGCUUCCCCGGUUCUCCUGGGAACCCCAUCGCCCCCCGCCGGCACGCACCUGAGUCAGCAUCACGGGACAUGGCCCCCACAGCCGCCUAGCCGGGGCCCACCCAGGAGAGGCUUCCUUUUCGGCAUCCUGAAGGCCCGCUCUGGACCUUCCCGGGAAAGUGCCAGCUCGCAGAACCGCUUGACCAAAGGACUGGCUCUCGGGACGUCCCCCAGCCCACCAGCCCCCCCCUAGAGUGGGGGUGCCAGGAGCCUGAGAUUAGCCUGCUGGCCUUGGACUGCAGCUCCGGGACGGAAGGGGGGGUGGGCUGACCACCCGAGUCCCCUCUGGGCCCAGGCCCCAUGCCCCGAGGAGAGGCGGCCUGAAGCCCGCCAGACUGUCUGCCUGCGCUUCUGACUGUGGCCGCCUGGCAUGGCCAGCAACAGCAGCUCCUGCCCAACACCUGGGGGAGGGCACCUCAAUGGGUACACGGUGCCCCCCUACGCCUUCUUCUUCCCCCCCAUGCUGGGUGGACUGUCCCCGCCAGGCGCUCUGACCACUCUCCAGCACCAGCUUCCAGUGAGCGGCUAUAGCACGCCAUCCCCAGCCACCAUCGAGACCCAGAGCAGCAGUUCCGAAGAGAUCGUGCCCAGCCCCCCCUCGCCGCCUCCCCUCCCCCGCAUCUACAAGCCUUGCUUUGUCUGUCAAGACAAAUCCUCAGGCUACCACUAUGGGGUCAGCGCCUGUGAGGGCUGCAAGGGCUUCUUCCGCCGCAGCAUCCAGAAGAACAUGGUGUACACGUGUCACCGGGACAAGAACUGCAUCAUCAACAAGGUGACCCGGAACCGUUGCCAGUACUGCCGGCUGCAGAAGUGCUUCGAAGUGGGCAUGUCCAAGGAGUCUGUGAGAAAUGACCGGAACAAGAAGAAGAAGGAGGUGCCCAAGCCCGAGUGCUCCGAGAGCUACACGUUGACGCCAGAGGUGGGGGAGCUCAUCGAGAAGGUGCGCAAAGCGCAUCAGGAGACCUUCCCUGCCCUCUGCCAACUGGGCAAAUACACUACGAACAACAGCUCAGAACAGCGUGUCUCUCUGGACAUUGACCUCUGGGACAAGUUCAGUGAACUCUCCACCAAGUGCAUCAUUAAGACUGUGGAGUUCGCCAAGCAGCUGCCCGGCUUCACCACCCUCACCAUUGCGGACCAGAUCACCCUCCUCAAGGCUGCCUGCCUGGACAUCCUGAUCCUGCGGAUCUGCACGCGGUACACGCCCGAGCAGGAUACAAUGACCUUCUCGGACGGGCUGACCCUGAACCGGACCCAGAUGCACAACGCCGGCUUUGGCCCGCUCACGGACCUGGUCUUCGCCUUCGCCAACCAGCUGCUGCCCCUGGAGAUGGAUGAUGCUGAGACUGGGCUGCUCAGUGCCAUCUGCCUCAUCUGUGGAGACCGGCAGGACCUGGAGCAGCCAGAGAGGGUGGACAUGCUGCAGGAGCCGCUGCUUGAGGCACUGAAGGUCUAUGUGCGGAAACGGAGGCCCAGCCGCCCACACAUGUUCCCCAAGAUGCUGAUGAAGAUCACAGACCUGCGAAGCAUCAGCGCUAAGGGGGCUGAGCGGGUGAUCACGCUGAAGAUGGAGAUCCCGGGCUCCAUGCCACCUCUCAUCCAGGAAAUGCUGGAGAACUCAGAGGGCCUGGACACUCUGAGCGGACAAGCGGGGGGUGGGGGGCGCGACGGGGGCGGCCUGGCUCCCCCGCCCGGCAGCUGUAGCCCCAGCCUCAGCCCCAGCUCAAACAGAAGCAGCCCGGCCACCCACUCCCCGUGACUGCCCUUGCCCCGUGGACACAGCCCUCAUCCCGUGCCCUGGCUUUUCUCUGCCUUUCUACCAACCAUGCGACCCCCGCCAGCCCUGCGCCCCACCUGUCCUCCCUUCCCCGGGGGACUGGAGGGAGGAGGUGGCGGCGACUCUUCGGACAGAGGCCCGGGCCUGCGAUGGACUGCCCGCUCCUGGAGCCUGGGCUGACGGCAGGGGUGUGGCCGUGGACUGAGUGAGGACCCCUGGCCCCGGGCCUCGGGAUGGGGCCUGGGGGCUUCGUGUUCAUCAAGACACCCUUCUGCCCACCUCGCCACAUCUUCAUCACCAGCAAAUGCCAGGACCUGGCUCCCCCAUCCUCAGAACUCACAAGCCAUUGCCCCCCGGUUGGGGAACCCCCCCUGCCUCGGUUGGUGACAGAGGGGGUGGGCCAGGGGUGGGGGAAUCCCCUGUACAUACUUUGCCAUACCAACCCCCAGGUAUUAAUUCUCGCUGGUUUUGUUUUUAUUUUAAUUUUUUUUUCUGGUUUUGAUUUUUUUAAAUAAGAAUUUUCAUUUUAAGCACA